AUCAAAAUGGCACAAAAUAAUGCAUAUCCAAAGAAACAUGAAAACAUUUUUUAUAACCAAGAGUUUAAGUUAAAAUUUAGUAAAAGCGUUGGAGUAGAUUGGAAAGUUCUUGGACUUUGGUUAAAUAUCGAAGAAAACUGUAUUGACACAAUUGAUCACGAUAAACCCAACACCCUUGAAAAAGCAUAUAAAAUGAUAACUACGUGGAUGCAAAUGAAUGAUAAUCCAACACUUGAGGAAUUAAAAACAGCUUUAAGGAACAUGGAUAGAAUGGAUUUAAUAAGAAAAAUAGAUGAAUUAACUAUUUCUUCAAAUCCACUAAAUACUGAUAGCAAGUUUUGUGUCAAGAAAGGUAAAGAAACAUCAGAGAUGUGCACAGCACUGAAAAAUUAUUAUCGUGAAAAUUAUGGAAAAGUAAAUGAAAUUCAACCACCAUUAAAAGCACCUGCAAAUGUUGAUUUAACGGAUAACUUUAUUGAUCUAUGUAUUGUUGAUGCAGUUAAUACUCAAAUGGAUGUUGUUUUUAAUUUUGAACGAAAAAAAUUUCUUGAAAAGCAAAUGAACUAUACACCUAUUUCAUAUAGUGAAAUUUUUAUGAAAGAAAAAUCUGAAAUAUUAAUAUCUGGAAUAGCUGGUAUUGGAAAAACAUGGUUGCUUCGAAAAUGCUUGCUUGAUUGGUCAAACAAUUUAAUUUGGAAAAAUGUUGAGCUUGUGUUUUAUUUGGAAUGCAGAAGGCUUAAUCAAUAUCAAAAUAUUUCUAAUAUUAAUGAAUUACUAAAUGUUUUCUACAAAGAUGUUAUAAAUGAUUUUAGUAUUAGUAAUCAUUCUGCACUGUUUAUAAUUGAUGGAUUAGAUGAAUUUAAAUACUUAAAUGAGUUAAUAAAUUGCAGUUCAAGUUGUAACUAUCCAAUAGUUAAUAUUUUAACAGAAGUUCAAAAAUACAAAUAUGUAAUUGCUGGUAGAGUUUAUGCAGUUGAUCAGUACCAAAGUAUAUCUAUAGAGCAUAGUAAUAAAUUAUCCAUUCAAAUAAUGGGUUUUAACCAAAAAGGAAUAGAUAGUUAUAUAGAAAAUAAAGUUAGUGAUGAAAAAAAAGAUGUUGUAAAGGAAACUUUGAGCAGCUCUCCAAUUGCAAAAGCCAUGGCGUCUGUUCCAUUUUAUUUAUGUUCCAUGUGUAAAAUUAUUGGUGUUUCAAACGAAAUAAAUAAAAAUUCUUUCUUAACAAUGACAAAUUUAUAUGCUAGUAUUUUUUUAUACUUUUUUCAAAAUCACAUCAAAAAAACAAAUAAAUUGAUCAAUAAGAUAAUCGAAGAGGAUUCCAUUAAGAAAUAUAUUUUAAAUAUUUGUAAAAUUGCAUAUGAAUUGUUUGUUGAAAAUAAAGUAAUUUUUUCAGAAGAAGAAUUUCAAACUUUUAUCAUUGAUUUUGAUAAGAUUGAAAGUAAUCUUUUUGGAUUUAUAGAAAUGAUUGAAACAAAUCUGGGAUGUUAUUAUCAAUUUGCACACUUAACAAUAAUGGAGUUUUGUGCAUCUGUAUAUGCAUAUAAUUGUUUAAGUAGUGAAGAGAUUAUUGCCAAUAAAAAGCUAGAGAGUUGUUUAUCAAUGAUUUGUGGAUUAACUAAUAAAAGUCAAAAUAAUUUAUUAAAGUUUCUUGUUAACUUGAAUCCUUCGAAAAUUUGUUCUGAAGAACUUUUGUUUUUAAUUUUAGAUCGUCUACUUAAAUUAUAUCGUCAAAGUAAAAACGAUUUUUAUCUUGAAACUGAUUACGUUAAUUUAUUUAUUGAAUGUUUUUAUGAAAGUCAAUCAUCGUUUACUGAUAAAAUAAAAUUAAUCGUCGAUGAACGAGAGUGGGAGAUUUUGAUUGACGAUGGAAAAACUUCUUACGAAACUUCUUGUGAAAAUUAUUUCGUAAAUCAUUACAUUAAAUCUGGAAGAAAGUUAUCGUGCUUAAGUGUUUGUAAAAAUAUUUUAAGCGAUGAAGAAAAAAAUCUUAUAGUUCAAUGCUCAACAAAUGUUCGCAAUGUCAACUUUACUUGUCUAAUUAAAAUCGAAGGAUGGAAACCGAAAGAUAAGAUUGAAAGUUUGGCGAUAGACAUUGUCAACUCACGUGGUGAUAUUAAUCGUAAUCUAGAUUUAAUAACGAAAAAAGAUUUUGAAGAAAAUUUUCUUCCGUGGAUUAAUCUUUGUGAAGAAUUAAAUCUUAUACUUCACGACGGCAUCGAUUUCAUUAAAGAGAUUUAUGAAUGGAUUCGAUGUUUGAAUUUCAAGUAUUUGUGGAUCUACUCCCGUGGAGAAGGUUUUCGUAACCUCGAUGAAUUAAAAAACUUUAUAACACAGAAAAAUGUUUAAUCUUAAAUAAAAUAUAAACAAUAAUUAUAAAAUAAUAAAUAAAAUAUUUAAUAUAUUAUUUUAUAAUUAAAUA